UCAGUUCUAUUUGUUAGUGUAGUUUUUCACAAACAAUAUCAAAAGUUAGUAAGGUUUAUAAAAAUUUUAUUCGAUAAAUGUUUAUAUAUAUUGUUCUUAAAACUUAGCUUGUCUGUGAUUAAGUAGCGAUAUAUUUAAUAAUGGUUGAAGUCAAAACUUUUGCAUACUAAAUAGAACAUACAUUUAUUUUUUUGUGCAGAUAUUUCUUUGUAAUGACACUGUCUACUGGAAGUUAUUUUGUAACAAUUACAAAGAAAAAUAAUAAUUAUUUUCUUUAAUGGUAAAUGAACAACUGAAUUUGUGAUAUUAUGGUAAUUUAGUAGAAUCAUUUUGCAAGGAUAUUACACCUACAAAAGAAAAAAAUAGAAAAAAUGCUAAUUUUUUUUAGAUUUUAAGUACGAUAUAUACAAUGUGCCACAAGCAAAUAUUAUAUUGUACAUAAGAAGUGAAAAUGAUUUUAGAAUGGUGUUUUAAGAUGAUUUUUAUGAUGUAUAGUAGUGUUUUGAAUAUAAUUUAACUUUAUUAUGACUCCCAAUUUCAUAAUACAUGUCAUGCACUUAUACACAAAUAUAAGAUACUUAUUUAGAUAUUAAAUAAUUAUUCUUCGUUAUUCAUGAAAUUACCUAAAAGAACUUCAUUAAUGCAAAUUUUAAUAUUUUUGAUUUCAACUGAUUAUCCACCUAUAAAAUUAAUAGAUCAAAAUAUAAUCAAUACGAAUGUAAUUUACAAAAUAUUUUGAGAUUAUUGAGAUUAUAAUCUGUAUUGCAGUAAAGGUCAGGAAACAACGAUAAGACAAAAUCAACAUCAAACUAAACAUGUCAAAAACAACAAAAAAUGGAAUUGAAAUAGAAGAAUCUGCAGAUGCACCAAAUGACUCAACUUGGCAAAAACCAAAUCCGAAAGGAGAUUGGUGUAAUAUUUUUUUAUUAACAUUACUUUAUAUCAUACAAGGAGUACCUUUUGGUUUAUCAUUGGCCUUACCAAUAAUUAUUCAGAGUAAAUAUUCAGUAACUUAUAACGAUCAAGGUUCAUUUAGUUUUGUUCUAUGGCCGUAUACUAUAAAAAUAUUAUGGGCACCAAUUGUUGACUCAUUCUACAUACCGUGGAUAGGUCAACGAAAAUCUUGGUUUAUACCUGUUCAAUACUUAAUAGGUGCGUUAUUACUAUAUUUUGCUAAUAAUAUGGAUGAAUGGAUACCUGAAUCAGGAAAACCGAACCUUACGAUGAUUGUAUGCUUGUUUUUGGUCAUCAACUUUUUGAAUACUACUCAAGAUAUAGUCGUUGACAGCUGGGCAUUGACUAUGUUGAAAAAAAAUAAUACCAGUUAUGCCGGGUCUUGCAAUUAUGCAGGUAUCAAUGCGGGGAUUUUCAUUGGAUCCGUUUUCCCAAUUCUUCUUUCAUCCGAGAAAUUCUGUAAUAGAUAUUUACGAUUCACGCCCGAUUCAGGAGGAAUAUUCAGUAUCAGAGAUACUAUUUUUUUUUGGAGCAUCAUAAUCUUUUCAAUUACAACUUUAGUUGUCAUCUUUAAAAAGGAAAAGAAUAUUAAUUUAGAAGGCGUAAAGAUCACUAUUUUUCAAAAUUAUAAAUUAGUAUGGAAAAUAAUUAAGCGUCCUGGCAUGGUCAUAUUUUUAAUAGCUGUUCUAACAUCGUCGUUUGGGUACGCUACAAUGGAUACGAUAUCGUACUUGAAAUUAGUUGAUGGUGGUGUUUCAAAAGACAGCAUUAUGGUAAUUAAUACUGUCAUGCUUGUCUUAAAAACAAUUCUACCUAUUCCAGCAUCAAAGUAUGUUGUGGGCCCAAAGCCACUCAGCUUGAUAUUGAAAUUUACGCUAAUAAGAUUACUCUGGAAUAUACCAUAUGCUCUUCUGAUUUAUUAUACGCCCUUUUUAAUUACAAAUAAUGGGGUUGUGAAUGUACCUGUAUAUUAUUAUUUUAUAUCGGGUUUUAUAAUUGGAAUUAAUGAUCUGUUAAACGGGAUCAUGAUAAUGUUGUAUAAUUCCUUCUUCAUUAAGAUCACUGAUUCUCGAUUUGCAGGCACUUACUUAACAUUAUCUAAUGCUAUUCGAACCUUAGCAUGGAUAACACCAUCUACUGUUAUUCUAAAAAUGUUUGAUAUUUUAACAUUCAAGAAGUGUUCAAACGAUGGCCAUGAUUGUUCUACGACAGAUUUUCAAAAUAUUUGUAAUACAAAACAGAGUCAUAAUUGUGUGACUAUUGUGGACGGUUACUAUAUUGAAGUAGCUAUUUGUAUAGUUAUUGGAUUCGUUUGGUAUAGCAUCUGUAAACGCAUUUACAAAAAUGUAGAAUUAAAAAAUCCUUCUCAUUGGAUUGUUGAUAUGAAUAAACCUAUUUCAGUAAAUAUUUAAAUUUCACCGUCAUGUAUCAUUUAAAUAAUAAUAGUAUACUUAUUAGUUAUUUAUACUAAUAGAUAAUAUUCUAAAAUGCUAUUAAUUAUUAAAUUGUUAUUUUGUAUUUUAUUAUUUACUUUUAUUAUGUAUUGUACAUUUUGAAUAAAUUACUUUGUCCCUUUUUGUUUUUAUUUUAAAAUUAUAUAAUUUUAACUUAACAAAUAAUAUUGACAAUAAAUAAUGUAUUUUUCUGGUAUUUUUCUGGUACUUUUGGUACCUAAUACCUAUUACGAUACCUGGCAGUUGUAUAGCAAUUAAAUAUAACUUGAAGGUAAAGAUAUAUGAUGAAUGUAUAGGUUUUUUAAAUUAAGGAUGUUUUUUAACAACACGUCAAAAUCCCUGACAAAUUAUCAUAAAAUCAAAAUAUUUCAUAAAAAAUAUGUACCAUCACGUAAAUAUGAAUUUAAAAUUAACCUUAUUUAUU